CCCACUAGAAAAGUCUCUUCCUUUCUAGGUUCUGUUGGGAGCAAAAUUGGCGGAUCGCAUUAUUAAAGACUGAUUGCAUCGCCAUUCGCCAGUUCUGCAACCCUUAGUUAGGAAACUUCAUCCUGAUCUCUUUGUACGUGUCCGGAAUUCGGAUGCAAGUGUCAUUGAGAGUUGAGACUGCAAAGUUUUUUAAGUGGUAGGGAGGAUCUUCAUUAUUUAUUCCGUAGCAGGACGAUGGCAAUGUAGAGAAUGUUAACUCUCAAACUUGUGAAAGUAGAGUAACCAAUUCCUCCGUAGUACAUCUUCUUAAGGAAGCGAAAAGGAAUUCUUCUCACAGAGCCAUAUUUGCUUGCCUAGUGAUAACAGGCGUGGCGCCCAAAUUGUAACUGGAAUGACUGAUUAAGGGGAGACGAAGAAUUAAAGUGACAACCCAGUAACUAAAAAGAGAAGUUGAAACGGAGAAGAGUACCCCGGCUUUUGCCGGUUGUCAUUUUUUAUAGUUCAUACAUACAGCUACUACAAGAAGAGAAUCAAAAGAACAUUCUAUGGCCAAACCAUGUCGACACAAAACAGAGGCUCCUCGAUGAUCUCAGCUACCAUCUCCGAGUCCUCGACGCUGGCGACGGCGGAAGUGGGAGCGGAAGAGGAUGAAGAAGCAGAAGAAGAGACGGCGGAAGUGGCAGCGGUAGCAGCAGAGGUGCUAAAAGAGAAACGAGGCCGUGUGGCAGCUACGAAGACUAGGUUGGGGUUCUGCGGCCGAACAAUCUGGGACAACAGGAGCACAAGUGAAGCCAUAACCAACAAAAAGAAUGCAACUUUAGAGUGUAGGAAGGAGAGUAAGGGGGAAAUGGAAGGUGGGUUCGAUCUCGUUGAUUGAUAAGAGGAUGGAUGAAUGGAAAUCUUAGCUAGCUGACUUCCCUCUUAUAACAGAGCCGGUUUGCUGCUGGUUUUUGUUUACGACGGCCAGUAGAUUGACGGCGUGAUGGUAGAGGGCAUUCAAUUCAGGGGAGUGAUUGCUUUCUGCUGUUUCAUCGAUGAAGGGGAAAGCGGGAAACCAGGGACGGACGGAAACUCCCCUGUUUUCUAACGCCGGUGGUUUUUUGGGUAUUCUGUAGCAAAGCAGAGCAAAUAUAAACAAGUCGGUCACUUGGACUUCACGCCUUCGGCGUUUCCGUCGUUUCAUUUUUUCCCAACCAAUGUUGUAGUUUGGUUUGAAUUAGAUGAAAGACGUUUGAAACGAACACACGCCAGGAGUAAGAUGGUUUUUGAUUAAUCAAAACUGAAUUCUAGAGUGUGAAGAAAAUGGUUUAACACAUGUGUCAAGAUUAAACAUUUUGUGGCGUUUUUUAAUCUUUCCUUUUUGAUUAUUUAAUUAUUGUGCUUAAUAAUAUCUAGGGUUAUAGGUAUAAUAUGCCCCUCUACUAUGACGUUUUAUCAAACAUGCCCCUCUACUAUUUUUUACAUCAAAUAUACCCCUGUACUUUGGAAAAAUUAUCAAAAAUGCCCUUCUGUUAAAAUUUCGAUUGAAAAAAUCGUCAAUCAUGGUUGAAUUGAGAUUUAGACGACCCGAGAUCGACAAAUUGGAGGGAAAAUGUCAGUUUUGUCCCCUGUUUUAUUUCUCUGGGUCUUUUCAAAGUGAAAUUAUUUGAAUGAUUUGAUUAUACAAAAUAACCAAAAAAUUCUAAAGUGAAUUUAUUAGAGAUAUUUUACUUAUUUGUGUCGGCCAAACUAAAGUUCGGCCUUGGUUAACGCUUUUUAGAUGAAAAUUUUAACAAAAUGACAUGUUUGAUCAUUUUUACAAAGUACAAGGACAUGUUUGACGUAAAAAAUAGUAGAGGUGCAUGUUUAAUAAAACGUCAUAGUAGAGGGGCAUAUUAUACCUAUAUCCCUAAUAUCUAUUGCGUACACUUAUUACUCCUUGCUAAUUUAUGUAAAGGUUGCCUAACUGGGAUGGGAAAGUAUUCAAUGCAUAAUAAGGAGGGUCGUAGCCUCGUAGGAUAAUAGCUACUACUUUUUUUAUAUAUAGAAGGAUAAUAGCUACUACUUAGUACUUACUUAAUAGUUAAAAAUUAGGCAUGUUAUAUAUGCAAUAUUUUUGUAAUUGUUUAAGCAGAGUCAAACACCUUAAAAAGUUUAGAUUUUGACUUUCAAAAGUAUUUUUUGACUUUUACAUAACAUAAGAGCAUAAGCAUAUUUUUCCAGAUAAAUAAUUUUUUUCAUU